UCAUUCUUCUGUGCUGUGAAGGAAUUUUUAGUGGAUAAGUUUGGAAAGCCCUGGACUAAAAACCUAAUUAUUUACACUUGGAGAGUCAGAGAAGAAGGACCAGGGAGUCAUGACCUGAAUUCUACAUCAAGCAACAUUGUUACUUCAUUCUCUGAAGAGAAAACUGACUCAGAGAAGACACACUUAAGACCAUUCAAUUUGUCCACCAGAGAGCUACUUGCCAAACUUCAAAUUAUAGGGAACAAUGAGAAAAAGAAAACGCAAGCCAAGUUCUACAAGCGCCCCAAGACUCCACCUGCUGAUUCAAAAAUAAAAUUGCAGACAGGCGGGAAGCUCAGCCCUACAGAGGAUUCUGGGACGUGUAGUCUGGACGCUUCCUGUGAUUGGGGCACUUCCGCUCCAGGAAAGCGCGGAUGUGUUCAUCGCGUCGCUGGGGAAAUAGAGUACAAUCCAGUGCUGUGCGUGUUUGGAGGCAUUUUGGAUACCGGAGGGCGAGAAUACGAAGCCGCUCCUUUCGUGGAUUCUGGGAAAUUCGAUUCAGGCCGUCGAUGUUGGAGUCGGCACUUUCGCCCCGGGGGGCGGGGCAGCGGCUCUUGUUCCUCUCGGGGAUGCUGGGAAAUGUAGUCCAGGAGCUCCGCGUAGUCGGAGGUAUUUCCGCUUCAGGAGAUUGCGAUUGCGGCCUUCGGUUCUCUCAGGGAGGCUACAGGGUCCUCUGAUUCAUGGAUCUGGUCAUAUUCUUCUCGGAGUGCCCAGCACGGGGUCGGCAGAGAGGAGUUGUUCAAAGCAGCAGAGAGACAAGAUCUAGAAGACUGGCUUCUUUGUGAGAGCUGGAUUCAGGUUCCGCCCCUGCCCCUUGACCUCACCAAGCCUCGGCUUCCUCAUCUGUUACGUGGGAACAACGGUUGUCAUCGUCAUCAUUUAUUAAGAACUUGGUAAAAUGCCAGGUACAAUGCCAAGGGCAUUUAGCUCAUUCAUCCACCACAGUAACCCUAGGACUGACAUUCUUUUUCUCUCCUUGUUAUAGUUGAGGAGAGGCACAGAGGUGGAGGUGAUCAGACUGGAGUCACACGGCUAGUACACCCCUAGCUUCUUCACAGGUGUGUGGGAGGUACCUUAGUGGAACAAUGCGUGCCAAGUGCUUCUCAAGGUCCCUAACACGUACUUAGUGCUUAUGUAAUGUUAAACAUUGCCGUUUUUGUUGUUUUUAUCAUUACUAUGAUUAGCUUGUUAAUUUAAGUGGCAUGUUGACUAACUUACUGUUAAAUCACAGGAUUCUAUUAAUUUUUCUUCAUCUCCAUGAUAAGAGUGUUUUUAAGGCCCUACUGUUAACAAAGUCAAAUUAUCAAGGUCUUACAUCUUUGAAAAAGCCGUCAUCCACAAUAUCAGAUUCAUAGAGAAAGUAGAAUAGUGGUUACCCGGGACCGAGGGGAAAGGGAACAGAGAGUUAGUGUUUAAUAGGUACAGAGUUUCAGUUUGGGAUGGUGAAAAAGUUGUGGAGAUUGUUAGUGGUGAUGAUUCACAACAAUAUGAACGCACCUAACGAACUCUACACCUAAAAAAUGGUUAAAAUGGAAAAUUUUAUGUGAUGUAUAUUUUACACAGGAAAAAAAAAAUCAAUGUAAUCUUAAAUAAUACCGCAAAGGCAUCAAAUUAAAUAUGACAAACCAAGAGAGAAUAACAGAUAUUGCAGAGGCUAAAGGUGAUUUUCAUACAACAAAGCAACAGCCUUUUAAGGCUCCAUUGAAGCUAUUUGUGAGGACAAGUUUUAUGUUACUGAAUAUUACCUGCUUUCUGCUGCUACUGAGAAAUAAGGUGCCCUGAAAGUGUUCUUUGAACUUUCUGCCUACUUAUUUAAUUCUUACAACAAUCCUAUGAGAUAGCCGUUGUUAAUCCCUCCAUUUUUACAGAAGGAAGAAUUGAAGCACAGAGAUACUAAUAAUUUGUCUAAGAUUUCACAGCUAAUACGUCACAGUUUCAUAAACCUAGACAUUUGGCCCCAGAAAUUACUCUCUUAACCUGGGUACUUUACUCUCAAUUUCCGCCCUCCCCAGAAUCAGAAUCAUACCCUGAGAGCUACAUGAAGUUGUAUGAGGGCCACUGUGUGUGGUUGGGUGGCUCGUUCACUGCCCAGGGGCUCUUGGCUGAAGGGGUGAGUAGCAUCUGGAAUCCAGCCCAGGCUUUGCGCAUCAGGCCACCCUGAGGAAGCGGCACUGUUGCUGCUUCACAGUAAGCAGCCAUGUGGGUCAGUGACACCCUUGGCCAGACUCUGACGGCUUUUUUCUCCUUCCCCCGUUGUGCCUGCCCAAGACUCAGCGCUUCCCCAGAAGGAGGAGGGCAAAAUGACCAAGUUCAAGUGCUGCCCUUUCUCCAGGGGACCUGCGUUGCAAGGUUCAGGUGGAGUGUGUUUGAUGUCGUAGGAGGCGGUGACCUUCAAGGACGUGGCCGUGGUCUUCACGGAGGAGGAGCUGGGGCUGCUGGACUCUGCCCAGAAGCAGCUGUACCAGGAAGUGAUGCUGGAGAACUUCCGGAACCUGGUCUCAGUGGGUGAGGAAGGGCACUCUGGGACUGAACAUCGGAUCAGCCCCUGUGGGCAUCAAUCGUUCACACCAGAUGUAAUAUCCCAGUUAAAGAGAGAAGAAAAGCUUUGGAUGAUAAAGAUAGCAACCCAGAGCCAUCGCUCCUCGGGAGACAAGAAUCUAAAUGGCAUGGAGACUCUUCAAGAAGUUGGAUUAAGGUAUCUGCCACAUGAAGAGCUUUUCUGCUCACAAAUCUGGCAACAGGUUACAAAGGAAUUAACUGGGUGUCAAGAUUCCAUGGGAAAUAUUCAAGGAACUGGCUCUCAGAUGGAAAAACAAGGUGGCACACUCAAUAAAGAUGAGGAGUUUGGUAAAGACUUCAAUCAGACUUCACAUCUUCAAGUUCACCGCAGAGACCACACUGGAGAAAAACCCUACAGAGGGGUGGAGUGUGAGAAAGGUUUCAUACGGGACUCUCACCUUCAAAUGAACCAGACAGCCCACGUAGGAGAGAAGCCCUACAAGUGUGAAAAAUGUGAAAACGCCUUCCGUCGGCUUUCAAGUCUUCAAGCCCAUCAGAGAGUCCACAGUAGAACAAGAUUGAACAAACAUGAUAUGUCGUGUAAGGGUUUCAGUCAGAAGUCAUAUCUUCACCAUCAUCAGAGAGUCCCCACUGGAGAGGAUCCACACAGAUUUGAGGAGUGUGGGAGGAACGUCGGGAAAAGCUCACAUUGUCAAGCUCCUCCCAUAGCCCACACGUUGGAGAAACCCUAUAAAUGUGAGGAGUGUGGACUGGGCUUCAGUCAGCGCUCCUAUCUUCACAUCCAUCAGAGAGCCCACACGGGAAAGAAACCUUAUAAAUGUGAAGAGUGUGGGAAGGGCUUCAGUUGGCGUUCACGCCUACAGGCUCAUCAGCGAAUCCACACUGGGGAGAAACCCUACAAAUGUGAGGCCUGUGGCAAGGGCUUUAGUUACAGCUCACACCUGAACAUCCAUUGUAGAAUACACACAGGUGAGAAACCCUUUAAGUGUGAGGAGUGUGGGAAAAGCUUCAGUGUGGGUUCCCACCUUCAAGCCCAUCAGAUAAGCCACACGGGAGAGAAACCAUACAAAUGUGAGGAGUGUGGCAAGGGCUUCUGUCGGGCCUCAAAUCUUCUGGACCAUCAGAGAGGCCAUAGUGGUGAGAAACCAUAUCAGUGUGAUGCAUGUGGAAAGGGCUUUAGUCGUAGCUCAGAUUUUAACAUUCAUUUUAGAGUCCAUACAGGAGAAAAACCCUAUAAGUGCGAGGAGUGUGGGAAAGGUUUCAGUCAGGCCUCAAAUCUUCUGGCCCAUCAAAGAGGCCACACUGGAGAAAAACCAUACAAAUGUGGUACAUGUGGGAAGGGCUUCAGCCGGAGUUCAGAUCUUAACGUUCAUUGUCGAAUCCACACGGGAGAGAAACCCUAUAAAUGUGAGAAGUGCGGGAAGGCCUUCAGUCAGUUCUCAAGCCUUCAAGUGCAUCAAAGAGUCCAUACCGGCGAGAAACCAUACCAGUGUGCAGAGUGUGGGAAAGGCUUCAGUGUGGGCUCACAGCUUCAGGCCCAUCAGAGGUGUCACACUGGAGAGAAACCCUACCAGUGUGAGGAGUGUGGGAAGGGCUUCUGUCGGGCCUCAAAUUUUCUGGCUCACCGUGGAGUCCACACAGGAGAGAAGCCAUACCGAUGCGAUGUGUGUGGUAAGCGCUUCAGGCAGAGAUCAUACCUUCAAGCCCACCAGAGGGUCCACACUGGAGAGAAACCAUAUAAGUGUGAGGAAUGUGGUAAGGUCUUCAGUUGGAGCUCAUACCUUCAAGCCCAUCAGAGAGUCCACACUGGGGAAAAACCAUACAAAUGUGAGGAGUGUGGGAAAGGCUUCAGUUGGAGCUCAAGUCUUAUAAUUCAUCAGCGAGUCCAUGCUGGGGAUGAGGGUGACAAGGACUGUCCCUCAUCAGAGAAUACAUACAGCAAAGAAGCUCUAUAAAAUUACACGGUUUAAUACCUCAAACGGGUGCUGAAAUAGUCCUGUCAUAGAAGACAAAACAUCUGUUUGAUAAAAGAGUAUUUCUGCCAGAGCUCGACAUGUCUGUGUGGUUGGGCGACCACACAGCAGAGAAGGCUCAUAAGAGUGGAGACAUAAGAACUUCAUUCAGAACCUUGACAUUUAGCAGAUACGACAGAGAAGAGAGGCUUAAGAAGGAUGAGUCUGAGCUGAAGGUAACCAAAAGUACUAAGACAGAAAUGCCCAAGUCUCUUCCACCAGAAUAGAAGCUCUCGGAGGGCUGGGACUUUGUUGACGGCCAAGUCCACUCUGCCUCUUCAGCGCCUAACACACUGCAGGUGUCCAGUAAUGUUAAAUGAGUAAAAAGGAGAACAGUCACUUUUGAAAUUUUCUUUCAGUUCCUUUCUAAAAAUUUUUAUAAAAUCGUAGAAGGAGGAAUUCUUCAAGGCUUGGAGGAUUAAAUAAGACAUUUGGGCUCAUUUCCCCAACACUGCAGGUCCUGUGAACUAGUGCUUAUCAAGCUGAAGGUUGUAACCCAUUAGUGGGUCCAGAAGUCGGUUCACCAGGUUGUGGCCAGCACUUUUCUAUGCUAACAGUUCUUUAUGGAGAUGUGAUUCGCAUGCAGCCACAUGCAUAAGUAAGUUUACAGUUUCAUGAAUUUUGACAAAUGUAUCUACUUGUGUAAUCAUCACCAAGAUCAAUAUAUACCAUAUUUCUAUUAAACCAGAAUGUUUCCUUGUGUACUAUUCUUGUCAUUCCCACCUCCAGGGGCAAC